UCAACAUGAGUCCUGGACAGUUUGCCGUCAGUCUUACAUUUGUGUUAUUGUUAAAAAUUGCUCAGACAGUUCCCCAGGUCUCCUCAUCUGUUCAACAAGACACUCGAUUUGUUUCAGUAAAAGCUGGAGAAAGUGUAACUCUGCAAUGUUUUCGUGACCCUGAUACACCUGCCAGGGCUUACUGGUACAAAGUAACUUUGCGUCAAAAACCACAACUCAUUUCUACUGUCUUCAAGUACGACCCCGAAGGAACUUUUCAAAGAGAGUUCAAAAAUAAUCCCCGCUUCACCCUAGACACUAAAGGAAAUCUAAAUAACCUGAGGAUUACAAAUCUGCAGCCCUCAGACUCAGCGACUUAUUACUGCGUCACUGGGCAUUCAUUCAAGAUUGAGUUUGAUGGGGGCACCAUCAUUCACGUUGAAGAAUCAGGAUUAAACAUCCAGGCUUUGGUCCAACAGUCAGAAACUGAGAUUUUCCCACCAGGAGACUCUGUGACUCUGAACUGUACAUUACAAACUGGGAGCUGUGGUGGAGAACACAGAGUUUACUGGCUCAGAAACUCUGAGGAACAUUAUCCAGGACUAAUUUACACUCAUGAAGGGAGCAACGAUCAAUGUGAGAGGAAACCUGGGGAACAAAGUCAUACAUGUGUGUUCAGUCUGCCUUUGAAGAACCUUACUGUGUCCAACGCUGGGACCUACUACUGUGCUGUUGCCUCAUGUGGACAAAUAUUGUUUGGAAACGGGACGAACCUCAAUGUGAAGACUGAGACAGACUCUGUGUAUCUCCUGACAGGAGCUUUAGUAUUCACCACAUUUCUAAGUGUUUCACAGGCCGUGUUGUUAUUCAUUCUCUACAAGAGAAACCACUCUGAAGACCCAGACUCUCAGUCCAGAAGGUCUCCUUCAACAACCACUGCAGAAGGUGAAAACCUUCAUUAUGCAGCUUUGAAGAUCGGAAGAUUAUCAGACCAGAAGAGCAGCAGAUCAGCAAGGCAGAGAAAUGAAAGGACCACCUGCGUCUACUCUGCUGUUAAGCUGGAAAAUUAA